CUAGUUACGAUAAAAACAUUAACUUAUUGUUUUGUUGCAAUAUUAAGUAGUAGUAAAGAUAAAAAUCGCAAUGUACAAAUUGAUUAUAAACUGAUUUCACAGUAUAAUAGUAGUAACAAAUAUUUUGUUCAGUUGUAGUUUCUUGUUCAAUCGUUAAAGAUGAUCGUGGGUGAAUUUAUAUUAAUUUUUAUAGCGAGCUUUGCUGUUUAUUCGCGACAGACUUCAACUCCACAACUGCCCUUCUACACAGCUGGGGUGGUGGAAUUUAAGGGUGCGUCAAGUACUUUAGAUGAUUUGGAACAAGUCAAUAACAAUUUGGCUGCGUACCUUGAGAUAAUAUCAUCACAAGAGGCAGCAGAAACCGAUAUAAUAGCCUUUCCUGAAGGAACUCUAAACAGCGCCCUACAAUCCACAUUUGUUCCUGAUCCAAAACUCAACAUAACUCCUUGUAACCAGACUCAAUAUGCCUAUUUUCUGCAGAAACUUUCAUGUCAAGCUAAGAUUUCAAAAAAAUAUGUCGUCGUUAACUUAGUUGAAAAAGAAAACUGCACAGCCGAAUCACAGAUAGCAAAUAAGGAUCCUAGACGCUGCGCGAGUUAUGGACUAAAUCAAUAUAAUACAAAUGUGGUAUUUGAUCGGAAUGGAGUAAUUGUCUCUCGUUAUAGAAAAUUCAAUCUAUAUUAUGAACCUUGGAAUGUUACUCUUAGACCAGAGUAUGGACAAUUUACCACUGAUUUCGGUGUCAAGUUUGGGCACUUUGUCUGUUUUGACAUACUUUUCUAUACUCCAACUACGGAGCUCAUAAAGUCGAAUAUAACGGAUUUUAUAUUUACAACUAAGUGGUUUUCGGAACUUCCCUUUUUAACAGCUGUUCAAUAUCAGCAAUCAUGGGCUUACUCAUAUGAUGUGAACCUGCUAGCCGCGGGUGCUAGUAAUCCUUCUACCGGUAAUACUGGCUCCGGGAUCUACCUUGGCAAAAAAGGUGCUCUGCUGUCUGUAAUGAAAAGUACCCCAGAACGAAAAUUAUACGUUGCUCGAGUGCCUAAGAAAGGUUUUCCAGGGUCAAAUUCAAUACCAGUGCAAAACCUUCAAAUUAGAAAUAAGCGUGCAACAACAAGUUCCAUUAACAAUCUACUCGUCAAACGAGACAGAAGAAUAGAUUCCUUUAUUACUGUUCCAUUAAAUACGUCUACUCAACACGUUCAGCUCUGUUACAGAGAUUUAUGCUGCAACUUUAAUUAUAAGACUACAUUAUUGAAACCACCGGCAAACUCCUUGUCUUACCAAUAUCGCUUGGCAGUGUUUGAUGGAGACCGCAUUUAUCCGGGGAUAGAUCCAUUAGGGUGGUCCGUGUGUUCAGUUAUGGCUUGCAUCAAUAACACCUUGGAAGGAUGUGGUUUGGGUUUCAAUGAAACAGUAAGAGUUAGUCCACAACUAAGGUUCGAUCACAUUUUGAUUGAAGCCAAUUUUACCAAGACUGAAAAUAAUUUAUUAAUGCCAAAUAGCGUUGAUGAGAGUCUGAUGCCUUUGGGGAUAGAGAGUUUUCGUUUUAAUAUUUCAGAUGCUGGAUAUAAGAAUAUCGCACGUUUCGAACUUCUAAAACCAAGAGACGAUCUGAUACAGUUUGGAAUCUAUGUAAGCUUCUUCGGAGAAAGGUCUUCCACAUCACAUUUAACUCAAAUAUCUAACAACCUCCUAAUAUUAUGUUCAUUAUUUAUUGUAUUUAAACUUAAAAACUUAUAGUUUACACAUUAAUAAAUUGAUACAAAUUCUCAAACUCCUUGACAAAA